AUGACGAUCAGAACAACCCGCCCGGACCGGGUACAACAUUUCCGACCCCGUAUGCACUGCCUCAAAAAGGUGGAGGCCAUUGUGGUGGAGAUGCAGGACCAGAAAGGUGGAGUUAAAGGCUCAGAGCAGAAACUCAACGUCACUACGAUCCCACAUGUUCUCGCUGGAAGCGACAUCAUUGCAUGGAUUGCCAACAAGAUGAAGACCACUCCAGAAGAGGCUCAGGCCUUUGGCACCAUGUUGGUGGCUUACGGCUACAUCUACCCUCUGCAGAACCACAAGAAGCUGGUCAUGUGCAACGACACCAGCCUCUACCGCUUCCAGGUAGAGUCCAUCAAAGCGGCAUUAAAGCAAAAGGUGGCAAACAGAUCUAUUGUUUAUCUUUCCAUCUCUCAGAAAAUCACCUUUGACCAGUACAGGCGCCAGAAUAUAUUCUAUCAACAAGCCAUCAUGAGGUCAAAGGUGAAGUCCAGUGUUUCCAUCGGAGCGUUGGUCAAAUACAUCACUACCUACAAGAACCACGACCCAUUCCUAGCUCCUUGCCUCCCCAGCAACCCCUGGCAAACCGACCAUGAUGCAUACUGGAGUCUUAACACGAGAAGAGUUGAUCUUCCUACGAAGAUGCGAGUCGAGCGCUGGUCCUUCAGCUUGUUCGAGCUUCUGAGCGACCUGCGAGGCCGAGACGACUUCAAGAUCUUCCUCAAGAAGGAGUUCAGCGGUGAGAACUUGGCUUUCUGGGAAGCAGCUGAAGAACUGAAGUUGGGAACUGCGUCUUCGAUGUCAACAAAAGCGGAGACCAUCUUCAAGACCUUCCUGGCCCCCGGAGCCCCUCGCUGGAUCAACAUCGAUGGCAGGACAAUGGGUCUGACAGUGAAGGGUCUGGACCAUCCCCACCGAUACGUUCUGGAGGCAGCUCAGACACACGUCUUCUUGCUCAUGAAAAAGGACACGUUCUUCCGUUACCUCAAGUCACCUGUGUACAAAGAUAUCCAGAAGAAGGCACUGAACCCUGAGACUCAUAACUUCAGUCCAGCCCAGCUGGAGCAAAAUGCCAACAGCCGCAGUCCAGGCAUCCAUCCCAUCAUCCUGUGGCAGCAGGAGGAGGAGGAAAAGGCCAAAGCCGCCGCUGCCUCUGCUCCGGUGGACGUCAAGGCCGUGAUGAGCAAGAUAGACAGGAAGAAGUAACACAGCUGAAACACAGGAACCAGCCCUGCAGGGUUCGCUGCACUCAUCUGUCAUGUCAAUGAAACAAGUUGGAAAGUCUAUUAAACGACGACAAGACAGAAAGAGAAAAAUUACAAGGAAUAGAC